AUGUCUGACGAUGAUGGCAUGAUGCUCCUCAAUCUUGACACAACUUCCAGUGUCGACCAAACCCCCGGAAAGGUCAAGGUCAGUGGUGGCCGGUGGAAAGACAGACGCAAGGCCAAAGCCAUGCUCAAUGGGAAAAGCGUCAACAGUAAGGAUGAUAGACUGGUAACCAGUGGCUCGGUCAAAAGGCCUGUCUCUACAGAACAAGGUGUCGAAGAAAGAAAAGAGCAGCCCGCUCGCAAACAGGCGAAAAAAGUGCAAAUCAAAGCUACACCAGCAGAUCAGCAAAUAGUAUCGUCCUUGUUCACAUCAAACCGUGGAAUCGUCACAUCUAUAAACAACAAUGUGCAUGAUGAAAACUCAGGUGUUGGCCCUUCUAACGCACCUCUACUGCAAGACUCUUUCGAAGCCCUGGGCAUAACUUCACCUCUUUUACAACACUUAAGUGAAGUAAUGCAUAUUACCAAACCUACCCGGGUUCAGAAAAUGAGCAUUCCUACCCUUUUGGAGGCUGAUAACGAUGUUUUUGUACAUGCUCAAACAGGCUCUGGUAAAACUUUAGCGUUUUUACUGCCUAUCCUCAGCAGGAUCUUGUCGAUGGGCGCACGCGUUGACCGCCAAUCAGGCUGCUUUGGUAUGAUUAUCACGCCCACAAGGGAGCUUGCUUCCCAGAUCCAUUCUGUGAUGCUGACUCUCACCAAGUGUUGCCACUACCUGAUUCCAUGUCUACUAAUUGGUGGGGAACGUAAGAAAUCUGAAAAAGCGAGGUUGAGAAAGGGUUGCAACUUCAUUAUAGGAACGCCUGGCCGGAUUCUCGAUCAUUUGCAAAAUACCCAGGUCAUAAAAGAACAGUUAAGUUCCUCUUUGAGAUAUCUGGUUUUGGACGAAGGUGAUAAAUUGAUGGAAUUGGGUUUCGAGGAAACGAUUACCCAAAUCAUCAAGUUCCUAUAUGAGGUUCCUCUCAACCAUUUUAAAUAUCCUGAACUUCCCAAAAGAAUUAUCCAUGUUUUGUGCAGUGCCACGCUAAAAGGUGGUGUUAAUAAACUCGGGAACUUAGCGCUACAAGACUACAAGCUCAUCAGUAGUGGAAGAAAGCAACAAGAAGUCAAUACGGUCCCUGACCAAUUGAUUCAAAAGAUAGUCAUGGUCCCUCCUAAACUGCGUUUGGUGACGUUAGCUGCAGAAUUAAACAACAUAACGGUAAGACAUCUAGCAUCUGAAACCGGAGAAACCAGACGAACAAUCGUUUUCUUAUCUUGCUCCGACAGUGUGGAGUUUCAUUAUGCUGCGUUUUCUUCUGAUAGUGGUCAUGGGAGAGCCCUAGUCGGGGAUUCUGUGAAAGUUUUAUCAGGAAACUCAACAUCUUUGCCUUGCCUUGCGGACGUUUCUCAGCCUUCGGUUGUGUGUUACAAGCUCCAUGGUUCUCUUUCACAGCAGAUCCGUACGGCGACUUUGAAGAGCUUCUCUAGCGACUCUGACGCAACAAAAGGCAAACAUUUGAUUAUGUUCUGUACCGAUGUGGCAAGCAGAGGAUUAGACUUGCCCUGUGUGAGCUCAGUCAUAGAAAUGGACCCUCCCUUUGCAGUGGAAGAUCAUCUGCAUAGAAUUGGUCGUACUGCGCGUGCUGGUGUGAGCGGUGAGUCCCUUCUUUUCCUCUUGCCGGGCGAAGAAGAGGGCUACAUGGACCAUAUUAAGCCUCACCACCCUCAGGGGUGGAAGUUGCUGAAAUAUGAUGUCGACAUCUUAAAGCCCGCGUUCAUGGAAUCCAAAGUUCAAAGAAGUGAUGGUGUCUCUGGUAAGCCAAUUUCAGAUGAGUGGGACAACAACGCUACUACUUGGCACUUGAACAUUGAAAGAAGAGUUCUUGGGGACCCAACGUUCAAAGAAAUUGCAGCUAAAGGCUACACAAGUCACAUUAGGGCGUAUGCUACUCAUUUGUCGCAGGAGAAGAAGUUCUUCAGCAUAAAAUGCCUACAUUUAGGGCACCUUGCGAAAAGUUUUGCCCUCAGAGAAAGGCCUAAAGUAAUGGGUGGCAUGAAUGCAAAGAAUAGCGCUAAUGGUGAGCAGAAAAAGCCAAAGGAGACUUCUAAGUCAAAAAUGCUGCGCAUGGCCAAAAAGGCUCUCGAUCAAAGCAUGAGUGAAUUCAACUAUUAA